GACCAAAGAAGCGUUUUCUGCUAAAUUUGAACGAAAAUCAAGCAAGCUUCUCGCGACUGGCACAGUUAAAGUGCAAAACAGAUUGAAGCUGAUGGCGAUGGUGGGAAAGAAUAGUCUUAGCAGUGGUAGAAGUAACAAGAAGGUGGUGGGGGUGAGAGUGUGUGGGUAGGUGGUGCAGUUGGAGAAGGAUGUGGCCCAGGGGUGGGGCCUCAUCGCGGACAUGUACGAGAACAACACACACACGGGCGAGAUUGAGGACAUUGUGGAAUUGACAGAGAUUACUGACAGGGAUGUGUUUGACCGUCUGGUGGAAUGGACUACCCGGUACAAAGACAGAGCCUACUCUCUCUCAGACGAGGAUAGAUACAACAGAGAGAAGAGACAACUGAUUUACCAGCCGGAGGACAAACGAUGGCUGCCCAAGGGUAGCGGUAGUCAAUUCUCCUUUUUGAACGUCACCCUAGAUAAUGACUUGCCUCAGCUAAUACAAUUGAAGCUGAUGGCGAUGGUGGGAAAAAGUGGUAUUAGCAGUGGUAGAAGUAACAAGAAGGUGGUGGGGGUGAGAGUGUGUGGGGAGGUGGUGCAGUUGGAGAAGGAUGUGGCCCAGAGGUGGGGACUCAUCGCGGACAUGUACGAGAACAACACACACACGGGCGAGAUUGAGGACAUUGUGGAAUUGACAGAUAUUACUGACAGGGAUGUGUUUGACCGUCUGGUGGAAUGGACUACCCGGUACAAAGACAGAGCCUACUCUCUCUCAGACGAGGAUAGAUACAACAGAGAGAAGAGACAACUGAUUUACCAGCCGGAGGACAAACGAUGGCUGCCCAAGGGUCAGGAGCAGCUGUUCCAACUGAUGCAUGCGGCCUACCAAGUGCAGUGCAAUGACCUGUUCGACCUCUGUUGUGAAGUGGUGGCUGAUCAGCUCAAGGAACUGUCAGUCCAGCAGGUGAGAGAGAAGUUCGGGAUAGAGUGCGACUUCUCGGAGGAGGAACUGGCCCAGAAGAGGAGUGAGAACCAGUGGAUCCAAGUCAGCAAACCUGGAAAUAAAUAG